ACAAUUUUAAUAAUGGUAAAAAUUUGGUUUAAAAAUGACAUUUUAGUCUUAUCAAAUAAAAUUCAUACUUUGAUAAAAAUUUCUUUUAAAUGAAUAUAUAAAUUCAUUAUAAAACAAACAUUUUUCUUAGAAUACGAUUGAGAUGGAUAGUGAAAAACAAAAAGAUGAGAUUAUUGCAUUGGAAAGUAUUUAUAAUUCAGAAGAAUUUUUAUAUCACAAGGAAGAUGAUCAUUAUCAAUGUACUUUUAUGAUAUUUAUAAAUCUUCCAGCAGAUUAUCAUAUUAUAUAUAAGAAUUCUAUACAAGAUGAAUCUGAACAAAAGAUUAAAAUCUCUUACUUACCACCAUUAAGACUUCAUGUUUUUUUACCAAAAAAUUAUCCUUCUGAGUUACCACCUAAGUUUACUUUAUAUUCAUCUUGGUUACAUCUUUCAUUAUUAACAAUAUUAUGUAAAAAAUUGGAUAAAUUGUGGGAGGAAAACAAAGGACAAGAGAUAUUAUUUACAUGGGUAGCUUUUUUACAAGAGACUUUAGAAUUCUUAAAUAUACAAGACAAUCUUAAUAUGAGUUGUGCUUAUACACAUUAUAAAGAAGCUUUAGAAAUAGCACACAAUAUUCAUAAAAAUAAAAUAGAUAAUGUAGAUAAAGAAUAUAAUAUUGAAGAUGCAAAAAAUAGAACAAUGAAAGAAGUUACUACCAAGCAUUUAAAUAAAAAAAUAAUAAGAAAAUAUUAUGAUAAAAGAGCUAUUUUAGAUUUUCCUAUUGGAAGAAAUCCUAUACAAGCAUUAAUUGAUUAUAAUGAGAAGCGUAAUCAAAUCGAAUUCAAAAAAAAUUUCUAUACUUGUAAGAUUUGUUUUGUGGACAAAAUAGGAGAACAUUGUACACAAUUUUUACCUUGUGGUCAUAUAUUUUGCAAAGAUUGCAUAACUGGUUAUUUAGAAGUAAGAAUUAAGGAUGGAAAUGUGCAAAAUAUUUAUUGUCCAGAAGAAAAAUGUACCUCUGAAGCAACUCCUGCUCUGAUAAAAGAUUUAGUAAGUUCAGAAUUAUUUGCAAAAUAUGAUUCUAUAUUACUAAAUGCCACAUUAGAUACUAUGGGCGAUAUAGUAUAUUGCCCGAGACGUAGCUGUCAAUAUCCAGUUAGUCGCGAACCAAAUGAACAAAUGGCAAAUUGUCCAAUUUGUCAAUAUGCAUUUUGUGUUUAUUGCAAAAUGGUAUAUCAUGGUAUAGAACCAUGCAAAGUUUAUUCAGCUGAAAUACAUAAAGUGAUAGCUGAAUAUCAAGAAGCUUCCGAUGAUAAGAAAUUACAAAUGGAACAACGUUAUGGAAAAAAACAACUUCAAACUUUGGUAGAAAAUGCCAUGUCUGAAAAUUGGAUUAAAAGUAAUAGUCAGAAAUGUCCUAAAUGCCAAGCUGCCAUUGAGAAAUCAGAUGGUUGUAACAAAAUGGUAUGUUGGCGAUGCAAUACAUUCUUCUGUUGGUUAUGUGGUACUAUUCUUGAUCGUAAAAAGCCAUAUAAACAUUUUCAAGAUAUGAAUUCUAAGUGCUAUAACAUGUUAUAUUAUGGAAUGCUAAUUCAAGAUGAUAAUGCAGAUAUUCAUAAUUUUCCGCCUUAUCCAAUUUAUGAAUUAGAAGAUGAAGACUUCUUUGAAGACAUUGUAGCAUAAAAAUAAAAUAAAACAUUAUCAAACACGUUCAAAAAAUAGUAACCAUUACCUGUUAUUUUUUUUUUUUUUUUUUGGUGAAUAUU